CAGCUGAGCUUCGCUCAGUUGGCAACGAUCGGUCGGAUCGUUCGGACGCGUUUUCUAGCCUACCUAGUACCUAGUACCUCCGGAAGAUUCAGCAGUUCAGAGUGGGUUGUCCACCGGUGGUGUGUGUGUGCGCGAAAGUUAAACACUGUCGGUGACCGUUGGUGAAAGACACGUGAUUAUUAGUGCGGAGUGCGACGACGAUCUGUGCGAUUAUCGGUUGAAGAUUAGUUGGAAUACCCUAAAAACCAAACUUUCGCAACGAAUGAUCUUCGGGGAUAGAACAACAGUGAUUGAAAGGCAGUCCGGUUAUUCCCAGGGUUCGCGAAAUCAUCGGUGAUAAGUCGUCUUCGCCGUCGUCGUCGUCGUCGUCUAACUGCCAAGUGUUCGCUGUGACUUGCGGAGGAAAAUAUUAUUCCAGCACCGUUUUUGAUAAGGAGAGGAUGCCGAAAGGUUGUCGCUGCUAAUUGACGCGCAAAGUGAAAGCAGAUCCACCGGAAUUCCCCAUCUGAGUCCAGCCGAGCCAAGAGCCAGGUGUAGAACGCCGCCAAAUAACUUGCAGCAACGAUGCUGAUACCUAAACAAGCCGUUCUAGCGGCGGUUACGCUAUGCGCCGGAAUCGCCUUCGCAAUCCAAGUGCCCACGUCCGAUCAGAUUAGCCUAUCGACCGGUAACGACCGGUCGGAUGUCCUUUCGGGUUUUACCGGUGUGGGCAAUGAACCUCGGGCGUAUCGGCCGGAUACCUCUUCGCUGGACUUUGUCUAUCACAACCACGACGACAUGACGCGAUAUCUGCGGGCGACCACAGCUCGGUAUCCGAACCUGACGGCACUGUACUCGAUCGGAAAGUCCGUUCAGGGUCGGGAACUGUGGGUUAUGGUAGUCUCUGCGUCACCGUACGAGCACAUGCUCGGCAAACCGGACGUCAAGUACAUCGGAAACAUCCACGGUAACGAAGCCGUCGGUCGUGAACUGCUACUUCACAUGAUCCAGUACCUGAUCACCAGUUACACCACUGAUCCCUACAUCAAGUGGCUGCUGGACAACACUCGUAUCCACAUCCUGCCUUCGUUGAACCCGGACGGUUAUGCUGCAUCCAAGGAGGGAACCUGCGACGGCGGACAGGGACGUUACAACUCGCGGGGCUUCGAUCUGAACCGAAACUUCCCGGAUUAUUUCAAGCAGAACAACAAGCGAUCGCAACCGGAAACGGAAGCCGUCAAGGAGUGGAUCAACAAGAUCCAGUUUGUGCUGAGUGGAUCGCUGCAUGGUGGAGCACUUGUUGCCAGCUACCCUUAUGAUAACACUCCCAAUGCCAAAAUCUGUAGAUCGUCAUCUACUUGUGCCGUGUUCAACAGCUACGUGUCUGCACCAUCGUUGACACCGGACGAUGAUGUGUUCAAGCACCUCUCGCUAACCUAUGCCAACAACCACGCCAAGAUGUCCCGAGGUGUCGCUUGCAAGUCCGCCUCACCUUCGUUCGAAAACGGAAUCACCAACGGCGCCGCUUGGUACCCACUGACCGGAGGAAUGCAAGACUACAACUACAUCUGGCACGGUUGCAUGGAAGUCACCCUUGAAGUAUCCUGCUGCAAGUUCCCGCCGGCAUACGAACUACGCAAGUACUGGGAUGACAACCAGCUGUCGAUGAUCAAGUUCCUCGCCGAAGCUCAUCGUGGUGUUCAAGGAUUCGUCAUGGACCCCAACGGAGGCCCAAUCGAGCGAGCCCAGCUGAAGAUCAAGGGAAGGGACGUCGGUUUCAGCACUACCAAGUACGGAGAAUUCUGGCGAAUCCUGAUGCCCGGAGUCUACAAGCUGGAGGUGUUCGCCGAUGGAUUCGUCCCAAGGGACGUCGAUUUCAUGGUCGUCGAGCAGCAUCCCACGUUGCUGAAUGUCACCAUGCAACCGUCCAAGCGUAACGAUGGCCCUUACUAUCGGCCUGUCCAGCAGCCGGCCCAGUCGCAGUAUCGUCCUCAGAUAGCAGCCCCCGGCCUUCCCGGUAGCGGUGGCAUCAACUCCGGUUCCCCGGCCGACGAAGGCAUUCUUUCGACGCUGAGCAACGGUUUCAACAGUUUGGUGAACAACAUCUUCGGCUGAAAUAGGCGCGACCACCAGCACUACCAGCACCAGCCGAUGCCAAACGGUGAUCGUUCUCUCUGCUACAGUAUUACAGUGGAAGGAUGUGCUUUUGUGUUUGUAUUGUUUUACAAUCCGUUGUCGUUGCAACAAUCAAUGCAUACCUAACGAACAGCUAUUUGACGCGACUCACGCCGGCAUUUAGACGCGUGCGAUCAUUUCAUUCCAUUGAAAUCAGAACUCUUUUUUGACAAAACUUAAGGACGGUGUGCGACGACGAGUAGGAAAGGAUGAGUGUUUCCAGUGAUAUGACGAUAAUAAGUAACAUUACAACAGAACAAACGCGAAUUAGUUGAAUAAAUAUGUAGGUUAAGCUUUAAUCAGAUGCGCAGGCAACACCCAAUAGAACAAAUCGAGAGAAACUAUUUUCAAACACUUGUAGGAGGUGUUAUGUCUGCGCUAGAGUGCUUACAGUAGAACGAACAAUGAAAAUCACAUUUAGGUGACAAAUAUUACAGAUGAUAUUCUCAGCAGAAGUAGCAACAGCAACAGCAUCCAUAGCGUAUUUAAGCACUAGCAAGUCGUUCAAAAGUUAUAUCUUCUACCAAGAUUUGGUAAACAGAAAACAAAACAAAAUAUGAUUAGAGGAAUAUUUUAAAUCAUUUCAGAUGAUAAAGACUUAGUAUUUAUACAAACGGUUCGAUAUCGUUCAAUAAAUAAGAAAGUACAAAUAA